AUGGAGAUACAAACUUCAGGCAAACCAAUUGAUUCACUGUUAGAAAAGGUUCUUUGCAUGAACAUUCUGUCAUCUGAUUACUUCAAAGAGCUUUACAGAUUGAAGACAUACCAUGAAGUGAUUGAUGAGAUUUACCUUCAAGUUGAUCAUGUGGAACCAUGGAUGUCUGGAAACUGCCGGGGUCCGUCAACAGCAUUUUGUCUCCUGUACAAGUUCUUUACGAUGAAGCUCACUGUCAAGCAAAUGCAUGGGCUAUUGAAGCAUCCAGAUUCUCCUUAUAUUAGAGCUGUUUUUUUUUUAUACUUGAGAUGUGCUGCUGAUCCGAAGACUUUGUGAAACUGGUUCGAACCAUAUGUGAAAGAUGAAGAGGAAAUAUCUCCUGAUUCUGCUCAUCGUGUGAAUACCACCAUGGGUGUUUAUGUUCGCGAUUUACUUCUUGGACAGUGUUACUUUGACACUCUUUUUCGCAUCCCUGUUCCUGUAUUGCCGCAGAUUGUAACGAACCUUGAGAAGAUGAAGCUUCCUGGGAAACAUUCUGGUGUCACUAGUGAUUCUACCUGUCAUGGAUAUGAUAAUACUGCUCGUCGGCCACCUUCUGUGAAAGCUGCCCUUUCGGUCUCCUUUGGACAGCGUGCUCCCCAUCGUGCAUCAACCAGGGAUUCAUCUCCUGUUCGCCGGACCAUACCACCACCUCUCUCACAGUAA